AUGUCGGACAACCAACUAAAGAAUAUUGAUGACAUCCUUAACAAUAUACCGCUUCGAAACAAAUUUGGAGACAACUACCCAAGGGAGCGGCUUAGCAAAGUUGAAGUGCCACUAUAUAAAAUCGAAAAUAUAGCAGACUCUAAGAAGAUGUUUGAACCAUGGUAUAAAGAGUGUGAUGAGAUAAUAGCUGCAUGUGAGGUGCAUGAUCAGCUGGGUCGAAAUUUUGAACAAUGGUACAACGAAAAAUAUAUAAGUACAAAACCGCCGGGAAUGGUACAAGGAAAUGGGGAGAUAAGUGUAUUGUCUCCAUCAAAGAAGCAUGGUGAAAUGUUGAAAUGA